AUGGACAACGGAGCUGAAAUUGAAGUGAAUCCAUCGGUGGCGGCGGAGUCUGGGUCUUCAUUUCCCUCCGAUCAACUCUCUCUGAGGUUGCAAAAUAACCAAUUUUUCAAUGCAUUGUCUGCUACAGGAAGCUCAGUUGAUCACAUGAGUUGCUUUGGAGAUGCAGCUGGACGGCUUCAGGAAACCGCUCUAGAUGCCUCCACUAAAGGGAACCGCUACAUCAACUCUUGCCUCAGAAAGCACCUGAGGAGAAAUGUGGAUGUUCUUGACAGGGCUGUGAACAAGCUUAUCCGUCCUCCAUGACAAGUCAUCAGCUUUCAUGGACUUGGAUCAGUUCUCUCUCGUAUAUAAAGAUUUUGAUUAUACCUGAUGUUUUUCUUCUUCUUUUUUUGUGACACAUUGUUUUGUGGUGAGACGUUUUCUACUUUCUUACGUUGACAUGUAAUAAAUUUCAAUAUGGUCCCUUCGUUUGAGUUUUGAUUAUUCGUUUGUCC